GUUCUUUUUACAUAAACUUUACACAAAUAUUAUGAAUUAAACUACAAAAAUUUAACAAUAUGGAGAAUCUCUGCCGAUGUUGUCAUUCUCACUACGGGUUUAAAAGCCUUAAUACAUCUUACUCAUACGAAGGCACAGAAGAAACUUAUUCGUCGAUGUUGCAAAAGACUUUCGACAUUAUUAUAAGCCCAGUAAUAGGAGAAUCAAAUACUAUCACUUACUCUAUCUGUGACGUAUGCAUUUCUCAUUUGCAAGAUGCAUUAAUAUUCAAGAAGCAAGUGAUCAGUUGUGAACAGUUACUGUAUACACAUUACAAUACCUUAAGUUACAAAGGCAUAACAUCUUGUAUUAAUACAGUAAAAGAAGAGGUUACAGAAUUACAAAAUGGGUUAAAGCAAGAAUCUCUUCAUGACAAUGACACAGAAUCUAAAUGUGAAAACAAAAUUACAUUAGAAUGUUUGAAUAACUCCACUAUAGAUACAUCUGAUGACCAGCCACUGUCUAUAUUGAAAAGCAAGGAAUCAGUACAAGAAUCAGAACCUGAGGCAGACUGGGCGAGUGGACAAGAACUUAGCGACGAUGAUAUUUCAAAAUCCAGAAGUCGGAUCCAAUCUAAGAAAUAUACAUGCAAUGUCUGUUGCAAGCAAUUUACUUAUUACGGUUCAUUAGAAGUUCAUUUACUCACACAUAGUGGUGAGAAAACUUAUCAAUGUCUUAUAUGUAAUAAUAAAUUUACACAGAAUAAGGAUCUAACGAAACAUAUAUCAAAUGAUCAUUCAAAUAAUGGGGCAUUUCCUUGUAAUAUGUGCACGAAAAUAUUUGACAAAGCUCGCCUUUUGAAAAGUCAUUUAGCAACACACUAUGAUAUUGACAAGUUUAAAUGUAAUGACUGCGGUAAACAAUUUCAACGGAAGAAAGGAUUAAAAGAACAUAUGAAAACCCAUACUAAAGAGAAAAAUUUCACAUGUGAAAUAUGUCAUAAAUCAUUCGGACAUAGUCAAACUCUAAAAUCACAUAUCUUAACACAUACAGGUGAAAAACCGUUUGUCUGUGACGUAUGCGGACGAAGAUUUUCACAACGGACACAUUUGAAACGGCAUAUAUUUAUUAUACAUACAGGGAUUAAGCCAUAUUCAUGUAAAGAUUGCAAUAAGCAAUUUUCAAGUAAGAGUUAUUUAGCAAUACACGCACGUCAGCAUACAGGAGAAAGACCGCAUACUUGUGAAGUAUGUAAAAAAGAUUUCACAGCAUAUACAACUUUGAAAGUACAUAUGCGAGUACAUACUGGCCGUAAACCGUAUACAUGUAGCUUCUGUGACAGACAGUUUGCUCAAAUGGCCAGUUUUAAACUACACGAACGAACUCACACCGGUGAAAGACCAUAUUCAUGUAAAGUAUGUAAGAAACCAUUUUCAGACAAUGGAUAUUUGAAGAUUCAUAUGCGUGUACACACUGGUGAGAAACCGUACAAUUGUGAAGUAUGUAAACGGUCCUUUAGAGAAACGGGACAAUUGAAACGUCACAUGAGAGUACAUACAGGUAUAAAACCAUACACUUGUAAAAUAUGUAACAAACAAAUAGGUAACUUAUCGAAACAUAUGCGUGUACAUUCUGAUGAAAGACCAUUUAAUUGCAGUAUAUGUAAUAAACAAUUUACUAUUAAUGGUAAUUUGAAACUACAUAUGAGGAUUCAUACAGGGGAAAGACCAUUUACAUGUGAUUUAUGUAACAGUCAAUUUACACAGAGCAGUGGUCUUAAACGGCAUCGGUGUACGCAUGUUGAUAAAGUUAAUCCUUAACCCCAGAAAAGCACAACUGAAACUAACCGUAACAGUAAUAGAGUUGCGCGAGAACUUCCAUUAGCGAGAAACAUUAUCCAGUUCCGACGAACGACCUCCGUAAGCGAGAAACUCUGGUAAGGAAAAAAGAACCUGGUAAGGGGAAAAAA